UCUGAUGUCAGGCUGUGCUUCCGUAUUUACACACCCACUAAAAAAAAUAUACUGGGCUCACCAGUGGCCGUGGGGCGAAUGUUUACCGAGUGGUGGUGUGGAUCGUGACUGUCACAUUGAAGGCUCUGUGUACAUGGUGAAACCCAGGUGAUUUCUGCUUCCACGGCUGCAUUUUAAAGCGGAAUGUUCACUCGAAGGGGGCAUGGCGACGUCAAGAAAUCUACACAGAAAGUUCUGGACCCAAAGAAGGAUGUUCUGACCCGGCUCAAACACCUUCGAGCACUGAUAGAUAUUAUUGACAAGAGUGAACUCAAGGCCUUCUUUGAGAGCAACUCCUCACAGAUUUAUUUUAUCUUCUAUGAAAAUUUCAUUACACUGGAAAGCAACUUAAAACAAAAAGGGAUCAAAUCUCAAAGGGAGGAGCUGGACUCUAUCCUUUUUAUUUUUGAAAAAAUACUUCAGCUUCUGCCAGAGAAAAUCUACAACAGAUGGCAGUUUCACAGUAUAGGGUCUAUCCUAAAAAAACUUCUACACACUGGAAAUUCAUUCAAGAUCCGCUGUGAGGGAAUUCGUCUCUUCCUGCUCUGGCUGCAGGCCCUAAGGGACAACUGUGCUGAGGAGCAGUUCCUCAUCUUCGCCUGUCUAAUUCCAGGAUUCCCUGCUGUUCCCUCUUCCAGAGGACCGUGCACUCUUGACACAAUCAUUUACAAUCCAUUUUCUAACCCCCCGGAUGCCAAGGUGGUUCCUGAGGAAAUUACCCCACUGGUUCCAGCUGUGGUGGGAGAGAAAACUGCAGAUGACCUGACCUGCUACAUCCUUGAAACACUGCUCAAGUAUAUGGUUGUACAGGCCUCCAGUUUAGAGUGGAGAAAUAAGGAAAAUCCCGACACAGGCUUCCGGUUUCUCUUCAGCCUUGUUAAGAAGUACUACCUUCCACAUCUAUUCCCCUCCUUCAGCAAGCUCACAAACCUCUACAAGCCUUUGUUAGACCUUCCCCAUCACAGACCAAAACCCUUGUACGUGCCAGUGACACGGAACAAUGAGAGCACUUUCUGCACUAGGGACCAGUACCUGGCUCCUAGAGUGGCCUUCAUCACCUGGCUGGUCACUUUCUUCCUGGAGAAGAAGUACAUCAGCAGUGCUGCUGCAGCGCAGAGCACCAAGAACGGCACGGAGGUCAUUCCCAAACUCAUCCAGACUGUCACCGCAGGCGGUAGCAGCCAGGAGAAGGAGAAAGAUAAGGCAUCUGAAGGGGAUACAAACGGGCCACCAGGGGACACGGAAAAGAGCCACUCCAACUGCAGCACGCUGUCUGACCGACGGCAGAGUGAUUCCAGCCUGUGCUGCAUUGAGGAGGAGCACAAGCAUGUCUACGACAUGGUGCAUUCCAUUCUGCUGUCCACCAGAGAGAAUGUCAACUUUGUCAACGAAGUCUUCCAUCAGGCGUUCCUGUUGCCAUCAUGUGAAGCUUCAGCAACCAGGAAGGUAAUCAAAGUCUACAGAACGUGGAUCUUGCAGGAGAACCCCGUUUUCAUGACGGAACCUGAAAAAACGACGCAGGAAGAUGAAGUGGACGACAGCUCUGAGCAGAUCCUCAUAUCGGAGACAAACAGCAUGAAGGAAUUGGAAAGUCACGGUCACAAACGUUCAUCCAGCUGGGGGAGGACGUACUCGUUCAGCAGUGCCAUCAAUCGGGGAUUUCUGACCGAGGACGAGAACAAGGACAUCAAAGCUGGCACGCAGCCCACACUACAGGUGUUCCUGACCAACUCAUCUAAUGUGUUCCUGCUGGAGCCAUGCCAGGAUGUGCCUAAACUCCUGGAAAACCAAGUAGAGGUGUGCAAGAGUGUACUCAGCAUCUACCGGCACAUGAUCAUGGAGCACAGCAUGAGCAUGCAGACGUGGGAGCAGCUGCUACAAGUGUUGCUGAGGAUCACAGAGGCUGUGAUGAAGAGGCCACAAGAAAACCAAAGAAAAGACAGCUUUGCUGAAAGUUUGGCAUCCAUACUUUUUAGGACUAUCAUUGUGGCCUGGGUUCGAGCAAACCUCUGCGUGUUUAUCUCUCGGGAGCUUUGGGACGAGCUGCUGGCAGUGCUGUCCUCUCUUACCUGCUGGGAGGAGCUGGUGACGGAGUGGGCCAGCAUCAUGGACUCCAUGACAGCUGUGCUGGCACGCUCCGUUUAUGGCCUGGACAUGGCCAACUUGCCUUUGGACAAACUCAGCGAGCAGAAGGAGAAGAAGCAGAGAGGACGCGGAGUGAUCCAGGACUCCCAGAAGUCAUCUGCCGUUGCACGCUCCUUCUCCCUGAGCUGGAGGAACCAAGGCGAGCACGGAGGGCCAGGAGGCCAGGAGCCCAUGAGGAUCCGCUCAGCCACUACCUCAGGAGCGCCUGGUGUGGAGAAAGCUCGCAACAAUGUCCGACAGAAAGCCUCUGCUAAGCGAAGCCAGUCCAUCAGCAACUGUGUCCAUCUUUACGAGGCUUUGCCCGCUGCUAAAAGUGUUCCUAUGCUGCUCCACACUGUGAGCUCUUUCUUGCCUGGUAUCUCUUCCGGUAACUCUGCUUGCUCUCAUAGACUCUCAGAUCUGGAGGAGUGUCAGCUUUCAGAGUGUGGGGGUGAAGAGGAGCUGGGAGGCAUGGAGAGCCCUCUGCCACGUAGCAGCAGCACCUCAGACAUCACCCAGCAGCUGUCUGACACCUUACCAGCUCAAAAGAGAGAGUCGUCCCCUACUUCUUGUUGUUCUGACAGCAGGGGGUCUGAAGGAAAGACGGAGAGCACUGAGCCCCCCGUGAUCCAUAUACGACGGAGCAGCAGUCCAACUGAGACCGACACCGACGGACCCUCAAACUCUAUACGACACAAGCUCAGAGAUAAAAGUGAAAGUAUAAGCAGUGAGACGUCCAAUGGCUACCUCAACGAAGCUGAAGUUACCUGGCCGGCGUUUGAAGAGGAGGCGGACGCACAGUCCACGCAGUCGGCCCACAUGGAUGUUACAGCUGACCCCCAGAGCCAGGGGAAUCUGCUGCUCAGCCACAACGAAGCUCUCGCAGGUUCUGAGUGUGCCUUAUCUCCCCAAUCUGCACCUCCCUACCUCCACCAAAAUUACCACUACCCUCAGAAUCCCCCCGCUUCACCAGCCCUGCUGGUGCACACAGAGUGCCCCCUGGAUGACUCCAUGCAUCAGUCUGUCUUACACAUGCCCCACCACUUGGACAGCAGCGAGUGUCUCGCUGAUGAUGUCAGCAUCAUAGCUGGGGGGACCCUAACUGGUUGGCAUCCUGAUUCUGCCUUUGUCCUGUGGAGGAGGAUUCUGGGUAUCCUAGGAGACGUCAACAAUAUCAGAAGCCCUAAAAUCCACGCCAAGGUUUUCUCCUACCUUUACGAACUUUGGCAUAAGCUGGCCAAGAUCCGGGACAACCUCGGGAUCAGCGUGGACAACCAGUCGUCUCCACCCCAGCCGCUGUUCAUCCCUCCUCUUCGAAUGCUUGCGUCAUGGCUCUUCAGGGCGACCGUGAUGCCUGCAGAGUACAAGGCAGGCAAGCUGUGGGCCUUCAAGUUGAUCUGCGAGAUGAUGACCAGACACCAGGAUGUGCUUCCCAACAGCGAUUUCCUGGUUCACCUCUACCACAUCAUGCACAAGGGCUUCUCCAGCGAUGACCAGGAUGUUUUGAACACCAUCGUUCGUUCCUGCUCUCCUCGGUUCUUCUUCUUGGGCCUCCCGGGCUUCACUAUGCUGCUUGGAGAUUUUAUCACUGCGUCAGCGCGAGUUCUCAAUUCUGAAUCCUCAGAGGCUCCAAGGAUCGAGGCUCAGACCACCUUGGGCUCCCUCGUGUGUUUUCCAAACCUUUACCUUCAGAUUCCCGUGCUGCAGAAUGUGCCUGGAUCCAAUGACAUCAUUGUGGGCAGUGAGGAUUAUAAGGAUUAUCUGGUCAACAUCCUGUUGGCGGCAGCUACAAAGGAACACUCUGAAGGAGCAAGGUGCAUCGCUGUGUGCAGUCUGGGCCUGUGGGUGUGCGAGGAGCUGACGCAAAAGACAAUUCACGACCAGGUCAAAGAUGCCAUCAAUGUUCUGGGAGUAACACUAAAGUUUGAGAACAAAGCAGUGGCUCAAGUUUCCUGUGACGUGUUUCAGCUGCUGAUCUCUCACUGGGAACAUCUCCAGAGGUUGGAGUCCACUCUCCCGAAGAAAAUAAUUGAGAUCUUUGUGGCCACAAUAGUCUUUUUGUUGCCAAGCGCCGAGCACUCAACGGUGGAGGCAGACAAAAAGUUAAUGGUGUCACUGCUGCUCUGCCUGUUGGACUGGUGUAUGGCUGUUCCCCUGAGCCUGCUGCUAGAACCCGUCACCAUGUCAUCACAGGAGCACCACACAUCCCACAAGGCCCCGCUGUUGGAUUACAUCUACAGGGUGCUGCAUUGCUGUGUGUCUGGCUCUAACCUGCACACACAACAAAGCCACUAUCUCCUCAAUUUGUCUGAUUUGUCUAGUGACUAUGACCUAAUGUUAGGUCAGGUUAAGAACUGUGAGACACCGCCAUCACAGACCCCCUCCGAUAUUAGCAAUCUUCUCACUGUAGCUGAAGAAAAGCGUCGUCGAAACAUGGAGCUGAUACCUCUGACGGCGCGGAUGGUCAUGACUCACCUGGUGAACCAUCUUGGCCACCAUCCUCUGAGUGGUGGUCCCGCUCUUCUGUACAGCCUUGUGAGCGAAAACCACGACAACCCCUACGUGGAGUCGUCUGAGCUGUCCUCUGAGGUCUUUAAAAGCCCCAACCUACAGCUGUUUGUCUUCAACGAUAGCACGUUGGUGUCCUACCUACAGAUCCCUGCUGAGACACCCACUGUCGGUCAACCCCCGCACCCUUCCUCACAAGUUCGCGUCAUUGUCCGGGACAUCUCGGGCAAGUAUUCCUGGGAUGGCACAAUCCUAUACUGCACCACACAGGAAGACUUUGACGAUGCGGGGGUCUUUGAUGCUGUCGAGUCACCUAUUUCUAAAGCUUUUAGCACACUUGGCAGAAACCAGCCCGCCUCUCCAACAAAAGGACCACACAAAUUCCAUUACUCUGACUCCCUCUCUAACUGUUCCGAAGACGAAAAGAUUGAUGAUCUGGAUAAGCUGCUGGAGGACCUUAGCCACAGCAGCCCAGAAUGCCUCUCUCAGCCACGACUCAAGCUCAAUCAACCAGCACCCUCACCUCACGGCAUGAACUUAGAACAAGAGAGCACCAUACUGGAGGCCAUUCUCCGUCAAACUCACCAGGAAGAGGAACAAGUGAGGAAGUGGGAUGCUGAUGUAAGCUUUCGGGCUGCCUGCCAAAGGGAACCCUCCUACCAGGAACCACAAGCUCCAUUCUACUUCUGCCGGCUGCUGCUCAACGAUCUUGGCAUGAACUCUUGGGAUCGCAGGAAAAACUUCCAUUUGCUGAAGAAAAACUCUAAACUUUUAAGAGAGCUGAAGAACUUGGACUCAAGGCAGUGCCGGGAGACGCACAAGAUUGCUGUAUUCUACAUCAGAGAAGGUCAGGAAGACAAGUGCUCCAUCUUGUCCAACACUGCAGGCAGCCAGGCCUUUGAAGACUUUGUUUCUGGAGUUGGAUGGGAGGUUGACCUGGCCACUCACUGUGGCUUUAUGGGAGGUCUCCAGAGGAAUGGCAGCACGGGCCUAACCGCUCCUUACUAUGCUACCUCCACAGUGGAAGUCAUUUUCCACGUGUCCACACGUAUGCCAUCUGGUUCCGAUGAUAGCCUUACCAAAAAGCUGCGUCACCUGGGCAAUGAUGAGGUGCACAUCGUGUGGUCUGAACACUCCAGGGACUACCGACGUGGCAUCAUUCCCACUGACUUUGGAGACGUGCUCAUUAUCAUCUCCCCAAUGAAGAAUCACAUGUACUUCAUCCAGAUCAUGAAGAAACCUCAGGUUCCUUUCUUCGGACCUCUGUUUAAUGGCGCCAUUGUCACCGGGACGCUGUUGCCAAGCUUGGUUCGAGCCACUUGUAUAAAUGCCAGCAGAGCUGUCAAAUCCCGGCUGACUCUCUACCAGAGCUUCUACGAGGAGCGAGCCCUCUACUUAGAAGCCAUCGUCCAGAACCACAGAGAAGUCAUGACCUUUGAAGACUUUGCGUCGCAGGUCUUCUCCCCCUCCCCUGCCUUUCCAGCGAGCGGGACAGAUUAAAAAAAAUGUAAAUCUUGCUAAAUGUGGUGAAGGAUCGCUCACCGGCAGCGUGAGCACCGACGGAGGAAACACCACGACCACCACGGACUCCUCCGACCAGGUGUCUCCCACCAUGCCCCGCUCCACAAAAAUCAGAGUUUCGGGAAAACUCCGCAGAUCCGCGAGCGCCAUCAGCAAAUCCUCUAACUGAGCUCGUCAGCCCGUCCUCUAGUUUUCCCUCAACUCGAAGCCUUUAAUCUGUUCUUGAAGAACCGUGACUGCAAUCUUAUUUUAUUAUUAUUGUCAUGUGAAAUGCAUUUUUCCUGAUUUUUGUCUUUUAACUGGGCUUGUUGUAAUUUAAUAUUUAAUUUUGUCACUACAUUUCAGCUUUUUGCCGCGUUUAUUGGGUAAAGGGCGUGAAACUAAACUGUGAGGGGGUCUGCAACAUAGGACGACUACUUAGCAAAUGCAAACUGUGAUUUUUAUUGUAAUUUUCUAGGGAAAAUCUAGGAAAAUCAACGUUCUUACUAUAGUAAGGGAAUGGGAGGUUGCUUUGAGCUGUUUCUGUGUCUUGUUUGAUUCAACGCGUAAUGUAAAGCAGCACUGAAUGACAGUUAGUGCUAAAAUUGCACAAGAGAUUAGAUUUUUGUCUUUUUUUCUGCAUCUGUUCAUUCCUCUUCGGGUAAAGAGACAGAAUGAUGCUGAAGCUGUUGUCCUGCCCUGUAGCACCACUUUGGUUCCGGAGCAG